AGAGCGCCGCGGAGAGUGGGUUUCCCUUCCGGAGUAACCGCCGCCCCCCCGCCUGCCGGGUUCGCUUCCGGCUCCGAUCGGGGGGCCCGUUCCUUGGCGCCGCUGCUGAGGGGAGCGCGGGGCUCAUGGAGCCGCGGCCGUGAGGCGUCCCCGGCCCGGGCCCGCUGCGGGAGCCGGGCGGAGGCCGGAGCCGGGAGCCGCCGGAGAUGGACAAACUGACCAUCAUCUCAGGAUGCCUCUUCCUGGCUGCCGACAUCUUCGCCAUCGCCAGCCUGGCGAACCCGGACUGGAUCAACACCGGCGAGUCCGCGGGUGCUCUCACAGUUGGCCUUGUGCGACAGUGUCAAACCAUCCAUGGACGUGACAGGACCUGUAUUCCUCCACGGCUGCCUCCAGAGUGGGUCACUACGUUAUUUUUCAUCAUUAUGGGAAUCAUUUCACUAACUGUCACAUGUGGUUUGCUGGUGGCUUCCCACUGGCGAAGAGAAGCUACUAAAUAUGCCCGCUGGAUAGCUUUCACUGGAAUGAUUCUAUUCUGUAUGGCAGCCCUAAUAUUUCCAAUAGGAUUUUACAUCAAUGAAGUUGGAGGUCAACCAUAUAAAUUACCCAAUAACACAGUGGUUGGGUCUUCAUAUGUACUGUUUGUCUUAUCAAUUUUCUUUACAAUAGUGGGACUUCUAUUUGCUGGCAAAGUUUGUUUACCUGGCUGAUGAAUGUCUGAACCACGGGACUUUAUUUUGGAAAAGAGCAAGACAUCAGAAUUGCAUUCUCGGGAGGAUGCCUAGAUCAGACUAUCAAACACUUACUGAAAAGAGGAAUGCUUUGACUUGUUCUCACUAUGCACUUUGGAUGAAAAAAAGAAGAGCCUUUCCCAUAACCAAAUACAGACAACGUUGACUAAUCUCCUGAGCAUAUUUAAUGCAGUCAGGUCUGCACUGUGAUAGGAACUAGUGAAGAAUGCUUUACACUGAGAAGCGUAAAUGCCCCACGUUACUGUAGUGUUCCUGUUUUUAAGGUCCAAUGAUUUGGAAAUCAAAGUAUUUAUGAACUUCGUGGUAGACAAGAGGGUUGCAGAGGAAUUCAAGUGAGGCUGGCCUCACUGUUUAGGAGAUUAGUAUUUUACAUCUUCCUUCUGAUGAGCAAAGCCUUUGGCACCAAUGUGGAUCAAUCUUGCAUUACUGCACCAAGAAGCCAAUAGAUCAAAACAUGUUCUCUAAAUGUAUGUAACAGCAAGAAGACAUACAUCCCCUCCUCCUCCCCCAUAAGCUCUAGGAAAACAUUAAGGAACAUUUUAGAGGGGGAUUUCUUCCUUAUAUUUAUAUAAAUAUAUAUAUAUAAAUAUAUAUAUAUUUUGCUGAUGCAGUAUACAGUGUGUGUGUAUGUGUGUGUGUGUGUGUGUGUGUGUAUAUACACGUAUAUGUAGAUAUAUGUAUAUACACACAAAUGGUUCCUGGAAAAGAAUUCAGAACGCUUUGCUAGCAAAACACUGUGGUGUGCAAAACUAGAAUUCAAUAGAAAAAAGCCAUUUUUCUGAAGGCCACAUAGCUGAGAGUCUUCAGAGUUUACCUCAUUCUUUGUAGCAGCCCUUGAUUUUAACGUUUUUUGUAAUAGGUACAAACGAUCCCAUGCCUUUCUAGGUGCAAUUUUAAGUUAAGCUAAAAUUCUUUUUAUGGUAAUUUAUUUGUAUAUGAGGGUAGAAGGUGAGAUCAUGUCAUACCUUAAAGUUAAAAUCCUAAUUUUGGGAAACUGACACUAUUUAAAUUAUUAGCAACUGUUGUACAGAAAGUCUCUUUUUCUACUGCAUUGUAACAUUAGCAUUCGUACACGUUCAAGCACACCGUUUAUACCAUAGAUAAACAUUUCUCUAGCACAUGUAAAAUGCAACGUUUAAAGUAAUGCAAACACUCUUCCACUGCAAAGAUGGAUAAACUUUUUUGUUUGAGUAUUAAUUCAUCUUUUAAAAAAGAGCAAUAUGAUUGUUUAAAUAAUAUAUGCCUUGUUUACUGAAGUUGUUAUUUUAAAUGAGGAUUUAAACUCCGAAUUUGGAGUAUAUAUUCCUCACUGAAGGUAGUUUUAUUUUUCAUAUCAAGGAUAAACCUUUAAUUCCAUAGAUGUCCUAAUUCACUGCUCAGUCAACCUUGCAGAAAGUACAACUUAGUGUCCCAAGAAAGCUGCCUGCACUGUUAGUAUUUAUUUUCCAGUUAAUAUGUUCUUUACUUGAGAUCCAUUAUGAAAACAGAAAAAUUGUGUAUUUCAAGUGCUGUUUCACUGAGCUUAUAAGAAAAAUGUUAGUGAAAGUGUAUUUUAGAAUGAAGUUAUUGUUUGAAUCAUCAGUUUCCAAAAUAGUCACAAGUCACAUAAACUUUAAGUGUUUGAAAAUAAGACAACUUGCACAAUUCUUUUAAACUAUGUGCCAUUCAGACCCUAGUGGGUCCCCACUCUCCUUCUCCACCACUUCUUCCCUCUCCCAAGUUAUUUUAAUAUUAAAAAAAAGUCAUUUGCUGAAUUAAGGUUUUUUUUUUCUUUUGACACUUUUGAACAAACUUGUCACUGCAGUGGUCUGUAAGUAACUUCUUUUUUUCCAGUCAGCUCACCUGCAGGUAGAAGAGAGUGUUUAUGGAACACAAACAUUUUUCUAAAGUACACUAAUCUGUAAAUUCAGCCAGGCACCUACUUGGAAGUAAUGGUUUAAAUAUUAUUUGUUUCCUAAUUUAAGCCUUCAUUUGCAUGGGUAGUCUGAGGUCCUCGGUGAUGCUCGUAGAGAUGAAAUGCAGGGUUCAGCUGCUGGAUAGGUGCCUAAAUUUUCGGUGUUAUCACUGCUGUAUCCUGAGCUGAAGUAUUCACUGAAAUUUAUAUCAUAAAUUAUGAUGAAAAAAAUCUUGCUUUCUGUUUUCAGAAAUGUCACUCUUGUAAAUAGUUGUAGUAAAUUUUUGUAACUGGAACACAGGUGGGGUGGGGAGAGUUUCUCAGCUGCUAAGACUCCACAACCACCCUCCCCUCCCCAGCUACCUUAUUUUGGUUAUAAUAACAUCAUGUAUACAGUGGAUUUAAGCUUAGGUUAAAUGGAUCAUCAUUUAAUUUAAAAAACAAACAAAACAAAACACUCAUCUUGGAGCAUACUGAGACUUUGGCUGGCUGGCUGGAAAUUUGUCUAAUCUGCCAGUACUAUUGCUAUGAAUUAUUAAAUGGUAGCAGAGAUUUGACUAGCAGAUUGCUUGACUAAAUAUUUGAACAUUUUAAGUCCAGAAAUAGAUGCAGCCAUCUGCAUUUAAAAAAAAAAAAAAGCAAACACUACCCAGUAAUUGAAGAGACGGCUGACAACAGUUGCUUUUAAUAAGGUCUCUAAGUACUAUAUAGUACAGUAUUAAUUUAUAGCAGAAAAAAAACAUAUCUUGUAAACUGUAUAUAAAACACUGUUUUAUGGUGCAAUCAUUUGUCAAACUUAUGUCUGUUACUUUUGUUUUGAAGUUGUGUGCAUUCUUUUCAUACCUAAGAGCAUUACUGUAAAAUCUGCUGAAGAUUAUUUAUAGGUUUUAUUUGCACAAGGUUGUUUGGGUUUUUUUAAAAGCUACAGGAAGUUCGUGUUGAACAUGCCUAAACAUCUGUAGACUUUUUCAGUUCUUGAAAAGCAAAUGUUUCCAUAUGAAUCUUCUCCAAAGGUAAUCCCAUCUUUGUGUUGAGUGUUUACAUAAACUUUCCUGAUUUUGCCAGCCAUUUAACUUUUUGAAGGACAGCUCAUUUCAUGUGUCACUAGGGAUUCUUAUUUAGUCUUUCGCUUCAAAAUUCCCCAGAAGGUUUGAUGUCCCAUCAUAAUGUAAUUUGUGGGCACUUUGACAUUUAUUUGGCUACCAAAAUGUAAGAUUGUAAACUUAAAAGGAAAACUAGUUGUCUGUAUAAUUUUUAUUGUUGAGCUCAUCUGAACUAAUCCCUUGGAAGCUGUUUGUCUCAGACCUGCAGAGGAUGUGCUUCCCAGAACGCACCAAUGCAACCAUUCAGCAUCAUCUUGCAUCAUUAAUCUUCCUGGCGAGUGAUACCAGUUUCCCAAAGACGAUGGCAGCGUGCAACACCACUUGAGCCCCAUCCUCUGGAUGAAGUGAAGCCACCAGAUUAAGGCUCUCUCGCGUCAUACCUGUGUUUCAGAGCCGUUGUUUAACCACUUCAGAACACGACUGUAUAUUACCGUUUGCCCCAACACACGCACACACACACAAAAAUUAAAGCUGUCCUUUAAAACCUUUGUGAAGGAUGAACAAAAUGAAGGAAAUGGUGUCUGCAAGCAGGUUGUCCUGCCUGGGCGUCCCGUCGCUCACCGCUCGAGGCCUGACUGUCUGCGCGUCCCCCGCCCCGGCCUUUACCGAGGAUUGUUUUCUAAUUGGUUAGAACAUUUUUCAAUUAAUGAUUUCAGAACAGAUGUUAAUACAAACUGUAUAAAAUGAACAUAAUUUUCUUCACUUGUA